AUGGUUGCUGAAGAACCCGACAGAUAUCUGGCCGUUCUCAAGGCUUCCUACGAUUAUACCCCACAGUCAGACGAUGAGAUUGCCAUCAAGGAGGACCAGCUUCUCCUCCUGGUCGAGAAGGUUGACGAAGACUGGUGGAAGGUCAAGAUCAAGGCCACCUCCCAAGAAGCAGACAGUCCUGUGGGACUAGUUCCAGCAGCAUAUGUGGAACAGGCCCAACAUUCGUCUGUUGUCAAAGUUAUAUACGAAUACGACGCUGCUGCCCCGGGAGAACUUUCCGUGAACGAAAAUGACAUAUUGCUCGUAUUCGAUACCGAAGACGAUUGGAUUUUGGUUCAGAAUAAGGAAGCGGGAAAGGCGGGCUAUGUUCCAGGGAACUAUGUCGAGGUUGUUGACGAGGAAGCACCACAAGCACCCCCACCUACAAGGAUCAUCGUGCCAGAUUCUCCUCCACGCCCUACCAGCACUUACGUCGACCCGGCCGACCGGGUAGCAUCCUCUAAAGUCACUGCCGAUGAUAUUCAGACAUGGUCGGUCUCCGAGAUUGAUAAGAAAGGAAAGAAGAAGAAGGGGACCCUGGGCGUUGGCAAUGGUGCUGUUUUCUUCGCGAGUGAAGCCGACAAGACUCCCGUUCAGAAGUGGCAAACAAAGGAUGUUUCUAGUGUUUCCUCCGAGAAGUCCAAGCAUGUUCGUAUCGACAUCGGCAGCUCCACCCCUAUAACACUUCAAUUCCACGCCGGCUCAAAGGAGAACGCGGACGCUAUCAUAUCCAAAUUGCAGACAUCAAAAACUCUGUCAUCAUCCUCAGUUGAGGAAGGUCCUGCAAGGGUUGUUCCACCACCACCAGAUGCAACUCCUCGUGAAGGGAAGAAGGCAUCUGUCCAUUUCUCACCAGCCUCUCCCGUUAUUAUACCUCCCUCCCAUGAAGUGGAAGACGAUGAUGAACAAUCAGACUCCGCUGACGAGCCUUAUGCUGGUUCUGCCGCCUUAACAGGUCCAAUAGCCACUGCCCUUUAUGAUUUUACCGCCGACGGCGAGGAUGAACUUUCCGUGACUGAAGGCGAACGCUUGACUGUAUUAGAGAAGGAUAGUGACGAAUGGUGGAAGUGUAGGAACUCUAAAGGUGCAGAAGGAGUUGUCCCCGCGUCAUACCUCGAGGUUACUCCUACCACCAAGGGUGCUGCAGCUCGUGCUGAGGUUGUUGACUAUGAAGCAGAAGCCAGAAAAGCACGAGAGCUUGAGCGACAACAUGAAGCUGAGCGACUCCAGAAGGAGCACGAAGAACAAGAGCGCCAGGAGAAAGAAGCGGCAGCCACUCGCAAGUCAGAAGCACAGCGGAAGGCCAAGGAGGCUGCGCUUGCAGCAGAAGCAGAACGCCAAAGGAGGAAAGAGGCUGCCGCUUCACGAGUCUCGCCACCCCCGGCUGUACGACCCCCCUCCCGCUCUGAACCUACGAAGUCGAGCCCAAGCGGUUCUUCAAAAGCGUCCACAGAGCUCAAUCGUCCUCCACCCGACCAGACGCGUAUAUGGCACGAUCGCUCUGGCCAGUUCCGAGUUGAAGCAGCGUUCCUGGGCUUCAACAGCGGGAAGCUUAGAUUGCAUAAGGUCAACGGAGUCAUUGUCGAGGUGCCUUCUGAAAAGAUGUCUCUUGACGACAUGCGAUACGUGGAGAAGUUACUCGACAAACAGAAGCGUCCUUCUAAUGCACCUCGUGUUUCUGACGACGAUAUACCUCUCGCUCUUGCCAAACCUCAUACCCACAAAGUUCCGUCGCCCCCGAAAAAGGCCUCACAGAUAGAUUGGUUCGAUUUCUUCCUGUCUGCUGGCUGUGAUCUGGAUGACUGCACACGGUAUGCGGCGUCCUUCGAAAGAGACAAGAUCGACGAAGCCAUUCUGGGCGAUAUAACUGAAGGAACAAUGAGGUCUUUAGGCUUGCGAGAAGGUGACAUAAUUCGCGUCAAGAAGGCAAUAGAAAAGAGGAAACCGACAGACAACCUGCACAAGCCCAGUGCUCAUAUUCAGGAGCAGCUCCGCCGUGAUGAGGAAUUGGCCAGACAGUUGCAAGCUCAGGAGCAAUCUGGAGGUUCUUCAAGAAGCCCAGCUCCGAAUCUAUUCGCAGGACCAGGUGGAGUGUUGAGGCCAAGACGUGGUCGUCCGCAACCCAGCAAGAGUCUCCCUCCUCCGUCUAACGUUGAUAUCAAGGCCAUUUCUUCAGUUUCUGGCCAAAUGCAACGUACUGGUUCGCCGCAAAUUCAAAGUCCAGCUACUACUCUAAGCCCCUCGGUACCGGUACCUCCUCGACCUGAUUCCGCUCCGCUGGCCAAUGGUUUCGAUGAUGAUGCCUGGACUAAUCGGCCCAGUUCUACGAAGCCGGUGAAGGCCGCGUCCCCAGCCGCGACACCUCGAGCACCAUCUGUCCCUCCAGCGCAACCACCUGCACCUGCAGUUCCGGUACCCACUCCUACAGUUACCGCCGCUGCUCCUCAGCCAACCCCGCCAACAGCCCCCGUAGCACAGACACCGACGGCCCCUAAUCUCGCCAAGACUACUGAAGCUGACAUAUUUGAACAGCUUGCUCGGUUAAGUGAAUUGCGAAAGGCUUCAACUCUGUCUCAACCUUUAAAUCCUCUGCAAACUGUCAAUAUACCUCCCAUUCCUGCUGGUUACAACGUCGGUAUGGGGGUUGGUUCUUCACCUGUGCCUAUGGGCAAUUUUGUUGCCCAAACUCAACUAUCACCACCGCCUCAACCUUACAGUGGUCCACGAGGACCUUUUGCCCCUGUACCAGCCAAUCAGGGUCUACUGCAGCCUCUGAUACCAACGCAAACAGGUUUCAGUGGGUUCAUUCCCGCCAAACCCGCCACUAAUCCAUCUCCUUUCCAAAAUAAUCUUACACCUCCGUCCUUACAAUCGCAACCAACAGGGUUUAAUCCCCAGCCAUUGAUGUCGCAGCCCACAGGCGUGUUUGGCAACUUCAGUUCAGUCCCGUCUUUCCAGGGAGCUAAUAGUGCGUUUGGUUCGAUACAAAGCCAGCCUACGGGAUUCAAUCCCCCAAUGAACCAGUCUCCGUUCGGCAAUGGGCACCCGGUGGCAUCACCACUGCCUCUCCCAUCCAACCCCAUUAGCAAUACCUCUCCUGCCAAUGUCUUUGCCCAAAUGAAAUCAGGUACCUUUGCUAUUGAACCUCAAAACCCUCCCCUGGGCUCGAAUGGAGGAAUAAAUGGUCAAGCGCCGGGCUGGGGGCAGUCGUAUCAGGGCUACACUGGCUAUUAA